GUGGGAGUGUCCCUUGGACCCAGUGUCCAUCUGGAGGCCUCUGACACAGACUUGUGUGGACAGGGGGCUCCCUGGACCUCGGGGUGCACUGAAGCUGGAGCAGGGGCGUGUGGGGUGUCCCGCCAGGCAACUGAUCCUAGUAUCCUGCUUCUGCCCGCAGUGACCGCAGCCCCCCAGGAGGCCCUGGCCAGGCCUCCCCCAGCGGGCAGCGAGCUGGGCCGGACCCCGGGGCGCGCCAUGCGCAGCACCACGCUCCUCGCCCUGCUGGCGCUGGUCCUGCUGUACCUGGUGGCAGGUGCGCUAGUGUUCCAGGCCCUGGAGCAGCCCCACGAGCAGCAGGCCCAGCGGGAGCUGGGGGAGGCCCGUGACAAGUUCCUGAGGUCCCAUCCGUGUGUGAGCGACCAGGACCUGGGGCUCUUCAUCCAGGAGGUGGCUGAUGCCCUGGGAGCGGGAGCGAACCCUGAGGUCAACUCCAGCAUCGCCAGCAACCACUCAGCCUGGAACCUGGGCAGCGCCUUCUUUUUCUCAGGCACCAUCAUCACCACCAUCGGUUAUGGCAACGCGGCCCUGCGCACGGACGCGGGGCGUCUCUUCUGCGUCUUCUAUGCGCUGGUGGGGAUCCCCCUCUUCGGGAUCCUGUUGGCUGGGGUCGGGGACCGGCUGGGCUCCUCCCUGCGCCGCGGCAUAGGCCAUAUCGAAGCCAUCUUCCUGAAGUGGCACGUGCCACCCGGGCUGGUGCGCAUCCUGUCCGCGGUGCUUUUCCUGCUCCUGGGCUGUCUGCUUUUCGUCCUCACGCCCAUGUUCGUCUUCUGCUACAUGGAGGACUGGAGCCAGCUGGAGGCCAUCUACUUCAUCAUCGUGACGCUCACCACGGUGGGCUUUGGUGACUACGUGGCCGGCGCCAGCCCGAACCAGAAAUCCACAGUCUACCAGCCGCUGGUGUGGUUCUGGAUCCUGCUGGGCCUGGCCUACUUUGCCUCCGUGCUCACCACCAUCGGGAACUGGCUGCGGGUGGUGUCCAGACGCACGCGGGCCGAGAUGGGCGGCCUCACGGCGCAGGCGGCCAGCUGGACGGGCACAGUGACUGCGCGGGUGACCCAGCGGGCGGGUCCCGCAGCGCUGCCGUCGGAGAAGGAGGAGAAGGAGCGGCCGCCGCUGCUGCCCCCGCCACCCGGCCCCGCGGAGCCCCGCGCCCCCGAGUCCCCCGAGAAGGGCCCGCCCGCCUCGCCGCCCACCGCCUCGGCACUCGACUACCCCAGCGAGAACCUGGCCUUCAUCGACGAGUCCUCCGACACGCAGAGCGAGCGGAGCUGCGCGCUGCCCCGCGCGCCCCGGGGUCGCCGUCGGAACCCCGGGCCCCCCAAGAAGCCGGCGCGGCCGCGGGGCCCCGGGCGCCCCCGGGACCAGGACGCGGCCGUGUGACAGCGCCCCCCCCCCCGCGGCCCUCCCCGGCGCGCUCCGCCCUGCGAACCAAAGAUCCGCCGCGGGAGGAGG